AUGACCCUGCGGCGGCUGCGGCGGCUCCAGCCCAAGGAGGAGGAGGCGGCGGGGGCAGCUGCCCUGGACCCGGGGCCCGCGGGGGGCGGCCCCUUCCCGGCGCUGGGCGUGCCGGGCGGCCGAGAUGCACCGGGCGCUGGCGGCCUCCGGGGGCACCUUGCCCCGGGCACGCAAGAGAUGCCCUGUAUCCAAAUGCAGCAUGGGACCUUGCCUCAGAGCGGAGGGCCCUGUGAGCGCUACCCGGCAGACUUCCUGACUCCCGAGCUCAGCAAGUUCACAAUGGACCUAGUCAACACCGAGAUCGCGGCCACCACCUCCCUGCCCAGCUUCAACACCUUCAUGGAGAACUACAGCGGGGAGUUCGACACGUUCUUGUACCAGAUCCCAGCCUCCAGCCAACCCACUUCCUUCAAACUCGAGGACUUCCAGGUAUAUGGCUGCUACCCCGGCUCCUUCAGCAGCCAGCUGGACGAGACCAUGUCUUCGAGCGGCUCGGACUAUUACGGCAGCCCCUGCUCCAUCCCGUCCCCGUCCACCCCAGGCUUCCAGACCCCGCAGGUCUCGGCGUGGGAGAGCUCCUUUGGGCCCUACUCGCCCACUCAGAACUACGAGGGCAUGAGGCCCUGGGCGGAGCAGCCGAAAAGCAACUCUUCCCAGCCAGCCUUCUUCUUCGGCCCCUCGGCUCCCAGCCCCGGGGUCCCCCAGAGCCCCCUCAAGGUGCCGCCGGCCGCCGCGCACCGGCUGGACGCUGAGGUCUUCGCGCUUUCCCAGAGCUCCCCGGUGGGCUUUUCCGGCCUGUCCCUGGGCCAGGCCUCCCCGCACUUGGAGAGCCCCGCCUUGAUGGAUGGCUCCCUGUCGCCGGCCAAGACACGCAGCCCCGGGGCCAACGAGGGGCGCUGUGCCGUCUGUGGAGACAACGCCUCCUGCCAGCACUACGGCGUCCGCACCUGCGAGGGCUGCAAGGGCUUUUUCAAGCGCACGGUGCAGAAGAACGCCAAGUACAUCUGCCUGGCCAACAAAGACUGCCCUGUGGACAAGAGGCGGCGGAACCGGUGCCAGUUCUGUCGUUUCCAGAAGUGCCUCGCCGUGGGCAUGGUCAAAGAAGUGGUCCGAACGGACAGCCUGAAGGGGCGCCGAGGUCGGCUCCCAUCCAAACCCAAGCAGGCCCAGGACGCCUCCCCCGUCAGCCUCAUCACGUCGCUCGUCAGGGCGCACAUCGAUUCCGUACCCAGUGCCACCAAGCUGGACUAUUCAAAGUUCCAGGAGUCUCUCUCCUACCAGUUCGAGAAGGAGGACUGCGUGGAUGUGCAGCAGUUCUACGACCUGCUCACCGGCUCCAUGGAUGUGAUCCGCAAGUGGGCGGAGAAGAUCCAAGGGUUCCAGGAGCUCCCCAAGGAGGAUCAGGACCUGCUUCUGGAAUCUGCGUUCCUGGAGCUCUUUAUUCUGCGGCUGGCCUACAGGUCGAAGCCAGAGGAAGGAAAGCUGAUCUUUUGCAACGGGGUGGUGCUUCACCGGAUGCAGUGUGUGCGGGGCUUCGGGGAGUGGAUCGACUCCAUCCUCGAGUUCUCCCAGAGCCUGCACCGCAUGAGCAUCGACGUCCCCUCCUUCUCCUGCCUCACAGCUCUCGUCAUCAUCACAGACCGCCACGGGCUGAAGGACCCCAAGAAAGUGGAGGAUCUCCAGAACCAAAUCGUCGGCUGCCUUAAGGACCACGUGACGUCCACCACGAGCGAGCAGACCCGCCCCAACUGCCUGUCCAAGCUCCUGGGCAAGCUGCCGGAGCUGCGCACCCUCUGCACGCAGGGCCUGCAGCGCAUCUUCUACCUGAAGCUGGAGGACCUGGUGCCGCCCCCUCCCAUCGUGGACAAAAUCUUCAUGGAUACGUUGCCCUUCUGA